ACAGGACAUUGUCUGGCAUUGCUCCGAGGAAGAACAAAACCUUCUCCACCCGUCCUCCAUAUGGGAGAGAGUAGUUGCCGGGGGUCUCCUUUGUGCAGUGGGGUAUUUGGGCGGUUCCGUUUGUCUCAUCUUAGUGCAGCCUCAUCCAGGAUCCCCUCGCAACCGCUCGCUGGAUAGCUUGUUGCUCAAACCCUGAAAACUUGACAUCCUCGCCUGCUCUGAUAGCCUGCCCAUCAUGUCUUACGGCGAGAAUUCUGCCGAGGUGGCAGAGGACUAUCGUCAUGCCUUGGAGGACUUGACCAUGAACUCUCGAUAUGAGAUUACGAACUUGACUGUCGUUGCCCGCGAGAACACGGAGCACGCCCUUGCUAUUUCGGAGGCCCUACAGGACCAUAUCAAAAAGGUUGCGCCUCAGAGAAAGCUGCCGGCCUUGUACGUCCUCGACUCCAUAGUCAAGAAUGUGGGGACUCCGUACACCCUGUUCUUUGGUCGGAAGCUCUAUCAGACGUUCAUGGAUGCCUACGCGUCGGUCGACAAUGUGACCCGGCGCAAAAUGGAUGAGAUGCUGAAGACGUGGAAGGAGCCAGUGCCCGGCUCUAUCGACACCAGGCCGGUGUUUCCGCCGGACGUUGUACGGCCCAUCGAAAACGCGCUGAUCAAGGCGCGGACGACAGCCCUUCAAGCUCAGCAGGAAAGCCUGCGAGGCCAGCAACAGCUUCUCAGCAGAGGACGCGUGGCCAUGCCGUACAGAGAGACGCCAACUCCGCCGGACCCUCGGUCAGGUCCCCAGCAGGCAGGGCCCUAUGGCCAUCCUCCUUUCCCAGGAAUGAACGGAACCCCACUAGGAAAUCCCGCCGCCAUCCAACAAGGCUAUCCCAUCCCCCCCAAUAAUGUGCCCCAACCCUCUCGUUCGACUCCACAACCGGUGUCAUCGCUGGUCUCGGCGCCCCCUGCCUACCCACAGACUUCAACGCCGGAAGUCUACGGUACUCCGCAACCAGGAAUAAGCAUAGACAAGUUGAAUGAUGACAUCCAGCAGCUGAUCGUUGCGACCAAGGCUCAGUUUGCACAAGCACCUCUUGAAGCUAGUAUACAAACAAGACUGAGGGCAUUGCUGGACUUGCAGAGUCUUCUCCAGCGUUCAAACUUGAAUCAGGACCAGUUAGUGCUUAUUAAAACUCAAGUCUCUGAACUUGCCGUAAACAUCAGGGUGCCUAAUACCCAAGCGCCGGCACUCACCCCUACAUCCAUAGCACCAGUAGCAGUAGCUCCGCCCCCGCCAGUAUCGGCGCCGCCGGCGCCUGUGUCCUUAGACUCUCUCUUCGGGCAGGGGGCGCUGGCUACUCUUCUGGCUGGCGCAAAGAAGCCUGCGACUCCGCAGCAGUUCUCGACGCCACAACCGACCCAGACACCACCCCCGGCAACUCUAGGCGCCGCCAUAAGGUCGCCCGCCCAGCAGCCGGCCAAGCCUGCAGCUGCCGUCCCGGCAGACCCGAUGGCGUUGAUGGCGAUGCUGAGGCAGUCCGGCCUGCUGCCUCCGCCGCCUCCAGGGACGUCCGCGAACGCGCCACCACCACCACCACCGGGCUCCUUCCCCCAAGGCCUCUCGGGUUUAUUGUCUUCCGCCAAGGGCGCUCCAGUUCGGCAACCGGGAGAUGAGCACAGCGGAGAUAUUCAGCUAACGGCAUCAUCGCUCAAGCAGUUUCGCCCACAUCUGAUCCCGCUAAUCUACGAGGACCUCGGCCCGCCAUGUACUCAGUGCGGCAGGCGGUUCAGGACAGACGAGGAGGGGCGCAGGAAAAAGACGGCCCACAUGGACUGGCAUUUCCGAGUCCACCAGCUCAUCGCCGAGGCGGAGAAGAGGGGCCAGCACCGGAGCUGGUACGUUGACGACAAGGAAUGGGUCAAGUCGCGCGAGGCCAUCGACACGGAAUUCGUGUCAGCCCAGGCGGACGACGACGCCGGGGGGGCGGCGGGCAGCGGCGGUGGCGGGGCGGCGACCAAGGGCCCCAAGCUGCAGUACAUGGCGGUACCAGACGACCCGCAGACCAACAGCGUGUGCCCGAUCUGCCAGGAGAAGUUCGAGAUGAAGUGGCUGGACGAGGCGCAGGAGUGGGUGUGGAUGGACGCCGUCAAGGUGGGGCCGCGCGUCUACCACGCCAGCUGCCACUCCGAGGCGACCAGGGACCGAGAGAACACGCCCGAGUCGGUGCUGGGCAAGCGGAAGGCUGAGGUGAGUCCUGGCUACUGAACGGGGGGGGAGGGGCUGGUGGGGAUGAUGGUUUGGAAUUGAGCUGACUGGGGUGUAAGCAGGGUGAUCACACGCCGGGACGAGGAAAACUGAAGGUGGAGAGUUACUGAAUCGUCGGGUGCGGCAGCUUCUUUCGGAUGAUGACCUGUAAGGCAUUUGUGGGGAGGGGUGAUGACAAUCGUUCCGACCGC